GAUCCGGAACUGAGUGCAGCAGUCUGUUUCCCCACCCCCCUUAAUGUGACGAAUCCUGGAUUUAAUGGGGGAAAACGUGCGUGAAGUUCCAGGGGAUAUAACCUGACGAAUCCCCUCAUCUUCACUUCCCCUCUGCCUUACGUCUGGCUGCAGUACCCAGGGUGUACUUGAUUUUUUCAACUGUCUGCAGCCAUCUUUCUAAACGGUUUAAAUGAGAAUGUCCCUGGCUCAGAGAGUACUGCUCACCUGGCUUUUUACAUUACUGUUCUUGAUCAUGUUGGUGUUGAAACUGGAUGAGAAAGCACCAUGGAACUGGUUCCUUAUAUUCAUACCAGUCUGGAUAUUUGAUACUAUUCUCCUUGUAAUGCUGAUUGUAAAAAUGGCUGGACGAUGUAAAUCUGGUUACAACCAUCGGAAUGGACCACGGCAUAUGAAAAGAAAGGUCUGGUACUUCAUAGCCAUGUUACUUAAAUUGGCAUUCUGCCUUGCACUCUGUGCUAAACUGGAACAGUUUACUAACAUGAACCUGUCAUAUGUUUUUAUUCCUUUAUGGGCUUUACUGGUUGGGGCUAUGACAGAACUUGGAUAUAAUGUAUUUUUUGCUCGGAGAGACUAAGUAAUAACUUAACUAUGACUUUUCCACAAUAGCUUGCUGAAAAGCAAAAAUCGAAAGUAUUCUGGAUAUUUACAAACAUCAAGGCUACCAAGGAACUGAAAAACCAAACCAAAUGCAGUUUUAUACUGUUUCAGUUAGUGUUAAAUCAAGGACUUGAAAACAGCAUGAAAAGUAUUUAUUCUACAUUUGAAUUAUUAUUAGUCUCCUUAUCUUUUCUUAUACUUGUAAAAAUAAAACUUUGUUUUG